CCAAACGUCGACUCAGUCUAGAACAGUUCUUAAGAGGACUUAAAUAACUAUUUACUGAAAAUCUGGAGCGGCAGUAUAUUAGUGGCACGCUUGAGACAAUGAACAAGAUGAGAAAGAGGAAGACUCAAAAUCAAACUCAUAAAAAGGAAGAUUAUUGCAAAGGCUAACAAGCUAAUGAUUCCAAAUACGAUUUUCAGUUCAAGGUAUGUGGCAGUUCAAGGUAUGCUGUGAUUUGGAGAUUGAUUUGGUACUUUGGUUUUGGGAUUUGCUCAAACUAAUAUGGAGUUAGGCAUCAAUUUAAGGUUAAUUGCAAAGUAGUGAUAGUAAAUAUUUCUGUUUAUGGUAUUUGAAAAUUGGGAUUGCAAUCAUUGCAUGGAAAUGAAAUGAGUUUCUGAGGAUUAGACAACCUAUAAAUUCCCAGAUUCAGACUUAACUGUAUCAAAUACUUGAGUAUAAAAUAUGGAUAAGCCAAGCAAUGCUAGCUAGAAUUUGUAACGUCUAAACGGUUCAUGAUAGUCACAUUCAAAUUGUAUUUCUGUCUAAUGUCUGUGUGUCUAGUCUAGACUAGGGAUGGCAAAACGUGUCCAGCCCGUUGGGCAUGUCUGUUUUGCCCGCACUUUUCAGCGGGGCGGGCUAAGGUAAUAGGCUCGCAACCUCAAUUAUGACUGCCCCACUCCGCUCUAUUUUUUUGCGGGCUUUUGCAGCCACAAAAAUUUACAUAAAAUUUUACAUUUUUUUGCAUAAAAGAUGCAAAGCCCGCAGGUCCCUGUCCCGCCAUCAUUUUUUUUGUGGGGCGGGACAAGGUUUUAGGCCGCACCCUCAACUAUGCCCAUCCCACCUGUUUUUUUUGGGCUUUUGCAAGGCAGACUUAAACAGGCGGACUUGCCCGUUUGCCACCCCUAGUCUAGACAGGGAACAACUUAUUUGAUUUUGAACAUAUAUCUUCUUAAUUUAACUGUUUUUGAAGUAUAUAAAGACAAACUCUAGAUAAAGGCCCUAAUUACUCUAAUACAAGAUUGUUUCAAACAGGUCAUUAAGUCAUCAAAUAUUUUAGCUUUAUAACCUGCUUUGUUCUAACUGAGCAAAUAUACAUUUUUUUCCUUGUCAUGAUGAUAUUUGUUUUUCUAGAAGAAUAGAAGUGAUUAAAUUUGUCGUGGCCGUGGUUAUGACUGUAUGUAAACAAUUUUGGAACUAUGGUUCUCAAUUUCAGUUUUGCUAUACAAUGAUUGUUUUGCAAUAUUCUGUUUAUAAAUUAUCCUAUUAAAGAAGUGAGUUUGCAAAUAGUAGGAACUCUUAUAACCUACGGUGGAAAGUCAAAUUGGCAGUGCACCAGUAUAUUGCAUUUAAAGUUGUGCACCCUUGUUUCCACCUAUUCGUUGACCCGGUUUCAUGAAAAGGGCGCGUUUUUUGUUUGAUUGAAUGGGUAAACCAGUCCUUGAAUUUGUGAGCAUCAGUUAAAAUUGUCUCUGAAUUUACAAAUUGGCAAAUACCUCGAAACUGUAAUUGAUUUUUAUAGUUUAGUUUAUAAAACAAUUGAAUUUUUUUAUGAUUGAAUUGGUUGACCAUUUGAUAUUAAACUAGAUGAGGUUGUUUUUUAUGUAAAAAAAUGAAUGUUUCAAAGUUAUAGUUUUUGAAAGCAUUAGUCAACUGAUACUAUUUUAUUAAAUAGUGAAAUUUCUCAAAUAUUUUAGUAUGCAUCUGACAUCAUUAAAUCAAACAACCUUUGUUAUUUAAAAUGGUGGUAAUCUUCAUAAUUGUUACUCGUGAUUCGUGAGACGGUUGAUCAUAAUCUGUUCAUUGAUCACCCUAAUGAGUUUUAGCAACUGUGGAUAUUUGUUUUCUGUUUUGUUCAUUUCGUGUUUGUAUUUGCUACUACAUGUUAGUACUGGUAUAGACACGAUCACAUCGGCUUCAUUUAUCAAGGACCCUGAAACUCUAAUCUCCAAAGAUGGUAACUUCACCUUGGGGUUCUUUAGCUCAAAAAACUCAACAAAUCGAUACGUUGGUAUUUGGUGGAAGUCUCAAUCUACAAUCAUAUGGGUGGCAAACAGAAACCAGCCGCUGAAUGAUUAUAACGGGAUUGUCACAAUAUCUGAAGAUGGCAAUCUUGUGAUAUUAAACGGACAGAAACGCGUUUAUUGGUCAUCAAAUGUUUCCAACACAGCAUCCAAUACAACUUCACAGUUUUCAGACUUUGGUAACCUCGUCCUUUUGGAGAGCACGACGAGAAACAUCUUAUGGCAGAGUAUUCAGCAACCUUCAGAUACAUUACUGCCUAGCAUGAAACUUUCAAUCGACAAAAGGACAGGUAAGAGUGUAAAUCUCAAAUCAUGGAAAAGUCGUUUUGAUCCAUCCGUUGGUAUUUUCUCUUCUGGUACUGUUGAACGCCAACAUAUAAUUGAAGUGUUCAUUUGGAAAGAAACACAGCCACACUGGCGCAGCGGUCCCUGGAAUGGGGGAGUCUUCACUGGGAUACAGGCAAUGACAGUUGCAUACUUUUUUGGUUUUCAAGGCGGGGACGAUGGAGAAGGGAAUAUUAUUGUAUACUACACAAUACAGAAUGACGGAGAAUUUGUUUUCUAUCACCUGAAUUCUGAAGGAAUAUUAGAAGAAACACGGUGGGAUGAUGAAAAGAAAGAAGUUCGCGUUACAUGGACAAGCCGAGACUCAGCGUGUGAUGUUUAUAGUAUAUGUGGGGCAUUUUCAAGCUGUAGUUCCUUGAAUUCACCAAUAUGCAGCUGUUUGAGAGGAUUUGAACCAAGAAACAUACUUGAAUGGAAUCGAAACGACUGGACUGGCGGGUGUGUUAGGAGAACCCCUUUGCAGUGUGAAAGGGUCAACAAUAAAACGAAAAGUAGAAAGGAAGACGGGUUUUUGAAACUACAGAUGAUUAAAGUUCCAGAUUUUGCUCAAGGUUCAACUGUUACACCAGAUAUAUGCAGAAGCCUAUGCUUGGAGAAUUGCUCUUGCCUUGCAUAUUCUCAUGAUGAUGGGAUUGGCUGCAUGUCUUGGACCCGAAAUCUACUCGACAUACAACAACUCCAAACUGGAGGACUUGAUCUGUAUGUUCGCGUAGCCAACGCAGAACUUGAUCGAGGGAGAAACAAGACAAUCAUCAUUAUAAGCACAACAAUAAUUGGAACUCUCGUAAUUUUCAUUUGUGCAUAUAUCAUAUGGAGAAGAAGAUCAAACCAACCAGCUAGACUGUGGCACUUUAUUAAUUCAGUAAGGGAAAAUAACAGCAAACCUUUCCAACUAUCUAAUAAAUGUGGGGCACCAGAAAGUUAUACUAGUGACAACAGAAUUGGAGAAAUGCCUCAAGGUAAACUGCAAGAGCUAUUAAUAUAUGAUUUUGAAAAGCUUGCAACCGCCACAAACAGCUUUCACUUGUCCAAUAAACUUGGACAGGGUGGUUUUGGCACAGUAUACAAGGGGAAACUGCAAGAUGGUCAAGAAAUUGCAGUUAAAAGACUUUCUAGUGCAUCUAGACAAGGGUUGGAGGAAUUCAUGAAUGAAGUGGUAGUGAUUUGUAAGCUUCAACACCGCAAUCUUGUAAGACUUCUUGGCUGUUGUAUUGAAGGCGAUGAGAAGUUGUUGAUGUAUGAGUACAUGCCAAACAAAAGUUUGGAUGCAUUCAUCUUUGAUCCAUUCAAAAAUAAACUACUAGAUUGGAGGACACGAUAUAGCAUUAUUGAAGGAAUUGCUCGAGGAUUGCUAUAUCUUCAUAGAGAUUCGAGACUAAGAAUUAUUCAUAGAGAUUUGAAGGCAAGUAAUGUCUUGUUAGACGAGGAGCUUAAUCCAAAAAUAUCAGACUUUGGAAUGGCUAGAAUCUUUGGAGGGGGAGAAGAUCAGGUCAAUACCUGCAGGAUUGUUGGAACCUAUGGCUAUAUGUCUCCUGAAUACGCAAUGCAAGGAUUAUUUUCAGAGAAAUCAGAUGUUUUUAGUUUUGGUGUUUUGUUACUAGAGAUUGUUACCGGGAAAAGAAACUCAAAUUUCUAUGACAAUGAGCAUGGCCAAAGCCUUUUAGGAUUUAUUUGGACGCAAUGGAUGGAAAACAAUAUUUUAUCUCUAAUAGAUCCAGAAAUAUAUGAUUCCAGUCAUCAUAACUACAUUUUAAGGCACAUACAUAUAGGACUUUUAUGUGUACAAGAACUUGCUGCAGAUAGGCCCUCUAUGGCUGCAGUAAUUUCUAUGCUCAACAGUGAAGCUGCAUUAUCUCCUCCUUCUAGUAAACCUGCAUUCAUCCUGAUGAAGAAUCUGUUGAAUUCAAAGUGGCCUGAAGAAUGUCAAAGUGUUUCUUCCAUCAAUAAUGUCAGUGUUACAGAUGUCUGUGGCAGAUAGCACAUUAAGGGCUCUAUGAAAUGUUUUUGACGUCAAUGGAUAUAUGUUGGCCAAUGCUAGAAAAAGAAAACUCUAGUAUAAUAAAAGAUGCAAAAUGUAUUGUCAAUAAGGAAUAUUUAUUCUAGUGAUUCUGUUAUAACUAUAUUUGAUGUUAGUCGCUGAAUAUAGGUUAGGCUGUCCAAUUGUAUAUAAAUUAUAGGAAUUAGAAUAUUUGAAUUAUCAAUGUCAUUUAUGACUUAUGUAAUAUAUAUGGAUAGCAUCAUAUCAAUGAGAAAUAAAAAAGAAAACUGAA